AUGGUAGGUGCAACCCCUCCAAAACCGGAAGACGAUGGAAAGAUGUUUUGGAAGAGAACACCGGCUCUGAAUCUUCCAGACGAAUCCGAUCGGAAGAAGAACCAGAACACAUCCGAUUCAGAAGCGCGAUCAGAAGUUCACACCGACACUCCGAGACCAGGUCCAUUUGAUGCAGGACCUGAUCGAGCGCUGAACACACUUAGUGAUCCAAACAAGUCAAGCUCUUCAAAUCAACCCAGACCUCCUGAAAGCUCCAACAACAGUAGUUCACUUUCUGUGGGAAUUUUGAAGAUGAACUCAGAUGGAACAGAAGAACAACGAUCGAAUAGUGAACGGUAUUUUGGACAAUGGUCGAGUAUUGGUUCGAAUGAUUCGUUGAGAGCGGCAGCAAGGACUCCACAGAACGAGGAAGAAACACCAAGAGCGGAAGCAGCGUCACCAGUGACACCACCAACGGUUAGACAGAUGCCACGUCCAGAGAGUCAGGAAGCUCAAGAGACCCCGGAAACAGUCCGUCAUCAUCCUAUACCCGAGGGUGUUUUGACUUCACCUACACAUGUCUCACCAGCUGCUCGAGAAGAAUCGACAGCCGCUACACAACCAGUACAAGAAAACCGACCCGCCGUGAAUCCAGCAAAAGACCCGACAACAGCUCAAGACAAGAAUUGUCUUUGCAGAUGCGAUUCCUGCACUAUUAUGUGA